CAUUGACUUCUCAAAGUUCUUAUGAGUCUUCGCAUUCUCUAUGCUUAAAAAUUCUCUCUAUAUUAUAUGUAGUCCUAAGCUUAUCCUCAAUACUCACCUCAUCAUUUCUUCAAACCAAUGGCUUCACUUCUCCUUCUCCUCCUUUCACUCUCACUUGUCCAUUUCACUCUACCUACCGGAGACACCCACAUCACCGAGAGAAAAUCCUUAGAAAUCAUCAUUGGAGGCGGUGGCAAUCCACCGCCGUCGCCUUCACCCGAACCGGAACCUGAACCCGAACCAGAAGAUUGCCCUCCUCCACCACCUCCUCCUCCAUGCCCUUCUCCACCACCUCCUCCUCCACCACCUCCUCCACCACAUUUCCCAAAAUCACCACAACUUCCACCUUCCAAACCGCACCAUUCACCGCAUAGACAACGUAAAUCUCCGCCUAAGCCGCCGGGGCAGCCACCGUUGCCGCGUCUUGGCUUUGAGAGCCCACUACUAGAGAAAGUGUACCCAGUCCUCAAAGCUUUUCAGAAACUAGUGACAGAGGAUCCAAAGCGUAUUCUUGAUACUUGGAAUGGCACCGACAUUUGCAACAAGUACAAAUACCUCGGACUUGAAUGCGCAAUAUUCCCGAAUACAUCUAAUAAGGCACUCGCGAGCAUUCAGUUUAACGGUUAUAACUUUGCUGGCGAUAAACUCGUGUUACAUGACUUCCUCGACAAGCUAGACACAGUCACGAUCUUUCACGCAAACUCCAACAACUUCUUAGGCUCUGUGCCUGAAGUCAGCAGCUUAAAAUACUUAUACGAGCUCGACCUAAGCAACAACAAACUCACCGGAGACUUCCCAGCUUCUGUCUUGAAAGCCAAAAAUCUCACGUUUCUUGAUCUCAGGUUCAAUACUUUCUCAGGCUGUGUUCCUCCUCAGGUCUUUAAUCUUGAUCUUGACGUCUUGUUCAUCAACAACAACAAUCUUGUUCAGACACUUCCAUCCAAUCUUGGCUCCAUCACUGCUCUUUAUCUCACAUUCGCCAACAACAGGUUCACGGGUAAAAUUCCCGCCAGCAUAGGCAACAUCAAGAACCUACAAGAAGUCCUUUUCUUGAAUAACACUCUAACCGGGUGCUUACCAUACCAAAUUGGAAAGCUAAACCGAGCCACCGUUUUCGAUGUUGGGUUUAACCAGCUAACCGGUCCAAUACCAUACUCUUUCGGUUGCUUAGCCAAGAUGGAACAACUCAACUUAGCCAGAAACAAAUUCUAUGGAACCAUACCAGAGAUUGUAUGCGAGCUUCCUAGUCUCAAAAACUUUUCUCUCUCCUAUAAUUACUUCACUCAGGCCGGUCCAAAAUGUAGAGAACUCAUCAAGAACCAUAUUCUUGACGUUCGUAUGAAUUGUAUACUUGAUCUUCCUAACCAGAAAACUGCACCGGAAUGUGCUGAGUUCUUCAUGCGGAGGCAGACUUGUCCUGAUCUCAAGACUAUGUUUCAGAUCCCUUGUGGUAAGAAUCCAAACCGUGUUAAACUGGAUCAAGAAACUCAAGCUUCUUCUGCGGUGUCUUACGGGGUACUUACCCCCGACGGGGUUCGGAACCGAUAACCUUUUGCUGUAUCAGUUAUAUAUAUAUAUUGAUGUAUUUGUGGUUACCAAAUACAAAUGAAUAAAUGUGUUUGUUGUAUAG